UCUGGGAGUUGUAGGCCAAAACACCUGGGGACCCACAGGUUGGCAAUCACUGCUUUAAGCAAUUGGUUGAUCAAUUUCCACAUGAGAAAGGCGAUCCUUUGAAGGUGGAGGAAGUAUAGUAUUUUUAUAGGAAUUAUGUAUGUAGGAAGGAUUCAGAUAGCAUAGUGGCAACACCGCCAAUGGAAAUAGAGCCAUGUAGCAGGUGAUGGAAAAGAGCCUUCUGCUUAUGAGAAGUUACUAGCAGUCAGAACAGGUUUUAUUAUCCUAUGUUUUUACUCAUCUGAGGCUCAAUGGAUUGAGUUCCUUUGUGUCUUCCAAGUUGUUUCCUAUCACAGAUUUUCUUGGGAAGAUAUGUUCAGGAGAGACGGAACCUUGUCCAAGGUCACCCAAUGGGUGUCCAUGUCUGAAUGUGAUGUCACAGUAGACUCUGUAAUUGUAGUCCAACGUUCAAACCAUUGCACCACGCUGGCUCGAAAUACAAAUGGCACCCAGGGAUCUGAGAGUCCUGCUAGAAAAGGAAUGAGUGUCUGACCACAAUGUCAACUUCAUCUGUUUCCUUCAUGUUCCAUGUUCCUUCCCAUAGCACAUUCUCAGAGCAACAUCUCUGCUUUGAGAUGGAGUGUGGAGAUCCAAGCCUUGUGGAGAUUCAUGACGCAGAUGAUGGUGGAAUGGCAAAGAGAGUCUAUGUAGCAGCUGAUCAAAGUGGAGUGAGCGAGGGUGAGGAAGAUGACCACAUGGAGCACAAGACCAUCCAACCUGGUAUCCACCAUGGACGAUCCCCUUGGAAGGCCAGUUCACAGCAAGAAGGUUCAGCGAUAGAACGGCAAGGGGGCCUGCUAGCUCCUGGCAGCUACAUUGAGGGUGAGGUGACGGUUGCAGCCAACAUGGUUUCACGAUCCAGCAAGCAGCGUCCUUUCAUAUGUAAUGAGUGUGGUAAGAGCUUCAGUCACUGGUCUAAACUGCUCCGGCACCAGCGUACACACACAGGUGAGCGGCCCAGCACCUGCACUGACUGUGGCAAGAGUUUCUCGCAGAACUCACACUUGGUGCAGCAUCGCCGCACACAUACUGGUGAGAAGCCCUAUGUCUGCCGCGACUGCGGCAAAAGCUUCAGCUGGAGCUCCAACCUGAUCCAACACCAGCGCAUCCAUACAGGGGAGCGGCCUUACACCUGUGGGGACUGUGGCCGCAGCUUUACCCAAAGCAAAAACCUGGCCAAGCACCGGCGGACACACACGGGAGCCCGACCAUUCCGUUGUCCUGAGUGUGGGAGAGGCUUUGCACACACGGCUGGCCUGGUCAAACACCAGCGCCUUCGUCAUGACACAGAUUCUCCCAUAGGUCACCCCUGUCCAGAAUGUGGCCAACGCUUCCGCGCCCCGUCUGAAGUAGAACGUCACCGGGUUGCUCACCAUGGUGUCCCUCCAUCUGAGCCCUUUAUCUGUGUGGAAUGUGGAGAGUGUUUCACUAAAAGCACCACAUUGGUCCGACACAAGCGAGUACACAAGCCCAUCUUCGUGCGUUAAAACAUUUAAUCCCUCCAGGGGAUAAGCAUUCUUAACAGCAUCUGGUAAGGUUUACAGCCUGAAGUGUACGGGUUGAGGGGCCAAGGUGAGUCUCUAACUGCAACCUGUGUCUUGCUUGGGCAGACCAAAGGCUCUGUUAGACCCACCAUACGAAACCAUUAAGCAGUGGCAAGGGAAGGAGGGAGGAAGUUGGGUCCCAAAGUUGGACUUCAGCCACAUGUUAGAGGUUGUUUUGGAGGCAAGAUUUUGAUUGCAUUUGGUCAGGACCAAAUGCAAUCUCCCUUUUGAUGAUAUACAGGUACUACUGCUGUACAUUACAUUGAGAUGGGAGUAUUCUUUAGUUAGAAGCCAAAUAGAAAGCCACAAGGAGGAAGAAAGAACUUCAGACAAAAAUAAGGCUUCUUGGUACUUUGGUGCACAAAUAGACUCUCAGUGGAGAGAGUACUAUGCAGAAGAACUGAGUUCCCUCAAGGAAGGAGCAAGGAUGGGAAAGAAAGAAAGGCAGACAGACAGAAGGAAGGAGAGGACAGAUGAUAUGGGUGGGGAAGAGAGGUUGGAAUCAACCUAGAACAAUAAACUAUUGUGUAUCCCCUAUCUCUUAAGUGCCAGUCUCUCUCUUUCUCUCACUAACCACUUCUCACUUCAUACAUUUCUGACUAAGAGGGGCUGUUCAAAAGACAACAGAAAAUCAGUGGACCAAGUUCUGAAGAGAUAGCAGUACACAGCUAAAAAAGCCAGAAAUACAGAAGAGACAAAAGCCCAUAACUUGAAAAUAAUAAAUGAAAAAGAAUGGGUUAUUGUAAUUCUUUCUCUUUUUUGUUGUUGCAUAACUACAUUGCAUUACAAUCGUAACUUAAUGAAGAAUACCUUUGCUGGGUUUUGCAAUAUAAUUGUAACUGUUUUAGUUGCUCUUAUAGCAAUCAAGUAUGUGGUCUCACUAGAUGUGUUUUGUACAACAAUUCAGGAUGGCUUGAGACUCAUAGACAAAUUGAACUACGUUUUAAAAAAUAGCAUUCCCAGCUCUGGGAAGGAUUAAACCUCUAUGUCCAUUUAUCAAUUUAUAUAAGCAAGUACAACUUGCUUGCUGUAGUUGUGUUCACUUCCAGUUUCUUAAAAAAUAUUUUUGCUCAAAGAAAGAUGGGAGGGAGUGAAAUUAAAAACACAUGUCAUAUUCCUUGAUGGUAAAUAGGGAGGGGGUGUGGGCCAGGGGAUGUAUAAAAGCCUAGGUGGCACACUGUGCUCUUAUCUGGCUUAAUAUUACAAAGUGGGAGUCUCUGGCUGACAUCCUCUACAUCACUGCUUUCCUUUCCUUCUCUGGCAUAGCUGCACGAAACUAUGCAAUUCAGAAUCAGAAAACUAACUUGCUGAAUUUGUCCUAAGGAUUCUGCAAGCCCCAGGCUAAGCUGCAGCUUGUUCUUAUUAAUGCUAAAUUACAAUUUACUGUUCAACAAAAACAUGCCAAUCCUUCUCCAGUACUGCAGCUAAAUUCAGCCACUGGCCAUCUUGCUGGAGACAAUGGGAGUUAUAGUUUAGAGUCCAGGUCAGUGAAGCCUAUGUGAAAGUUUAUAUGGUUAAGAAUAUCACGCACAGAAAUGAUAUUCAGCUUAGUCCUAAUGCCAAAAAUACAACUUAAUGGUGUAACAUUAGAAAAAGUUGACCAUUUCUGCUACCUUGGCAGUCACCUCUCCACAAAAGUCAACACUGUCACUGAAACACAACACCAUCUGAGCUCUGCAAGUGCAACAUUUCUUUUUGAAUAAAGCAAAGUGUUUGAGGGUCAGGACAUUUGUAGGGGUACCAAAAAGCUUGUUUAUAAAGCUAUUGUCCUUCCAACCCUGUUAUAUGCCUCUGAAACAUGGACUGCCUACAGACGUCACUCAACUUCUGAAACAAUUCCAUUAACGUUGCCUCUGAAAAAUCCUGCAAAUCUCUUGGGAAGACAGGCAGACAAAUGACAGCAUUCUGGAAGAAGCAGACUACUAGCACUGAAACGAUGAUCCUUCACCAUCCACUUUGCUGGACUGGCCAUGUUGUCCAAAUGCCUGAUCACCGUCUCCCAAAGCAGUUAUUAUACUCUCAGCUCGAGAACAGAAAACAGAAUGUUGGUGGACAGGAAAAGAGAUGAAAAGAUGGGCUUAAAGCUAACUUUAAAAACUGUGGCAUAACUGAGAACUGGGAAGUUCUGGCCCUCCAGUGUUGUAACUGGAGGUCAGCUGUGACCAAGAGUGCUGUGGAAUUCGAAGAGGCAUGAAUGGAGGGCAAAAGGAGAAAAGUGUCAAGAGGAAGGCGUGUCAAGCCAAAUCUUGUUGGGAUCACUUUCCAUCUGGAAACAAAUGUCCUUACUGCAAAAGAACAUGCGGAUCAAGAAUAGGUCUCUACAGUCACGUAUGGACCCACCGCCAAGACUCUACACUUGGAAGGCAAUCAUACUCAGCCACAAGAGGUAGCCUAUGAUGAUGAUGGCAUUCAUUCCACACACAUCUAGUUCAAACGUAACCUGCAAUCCAUCCCGGGAAGUUCACUGCUCCCCGCCAUCCUAUCCCAGUUCUCUGCAGUGAUCUCACAUGUUUCUGAAGACCAGCCAUAAUGUUACAUGCUCUGUAAACCUGUCUGUUUAUUUUUAUACAAUUCCAUUUACAAGUAACAAAGUUUUCACUGGAGUUGGGAAUUAGAUCACCAGAAACACAAUGCCUUUCUAGCCACAGAGCCACUGAAAGGUUGCAAACAAAUGGAUCUGCAAAUGUCAUCAUUUCCAGAUGAGGGCCAAACCAGAAUUCCACACACAUUCAAGGAAAUAGAGACCUUCCCCCCCCCC